AUGGCGAUUGAAGAUGAAACCCAGAACGAAACUCAAAUCACCAUCUCCGGCGAUGCGACCGAUCCACUGUUGACGGAAUCUGACAGAGACGACGGAGAGGCCGGCCACGACGAAUUCAACGGAGCUUCUUUCAGUGGAGCGGUGUUCAAUCUCGCGACGACAAUCAUCGGCGCCGGCAUCAUGGCUUUGCCCGCGACGAUGAAGAUCCUUGGACUCAUUCCCGGAAUCGCGACGAUCGUUCUGGUGGCUUUCUUAACCGAUACGACGAUUGAGUUCCUGCUCCGGUUUAGCAGAAUCGGGAAGAGGAGAUCUUACGGUGGUUUAAUGGAAGAUUCAUUCGGCAAAAUCGGAAGGGUUAUGUUGCAGAUCUCUGUUCUCGUUAGCAACAUUGGCGUUUUGAUCGUUUACAUGAUCAUCCUUGGUGAUGUUUUGGCUGGGAAGAAUGAAUAUGGAGUCCACCAUGCUGGUAUGCUUGAUGGAUGGUUUGGAGAAACUUGGUGGAACAGAAGAACAUUUGUUCUUCUCAUGACUACUCUCUGUGUGUUUGCUCCAUUGACAUGCUUCAAGAGGAUUGAUUCAUUGAGAUUCACAUCUGCAAUAUCAGUUGCUCUAGCGGUUGUUUUUCUCUUCAUCACUGCUGGGAUUGUCAUCAUAAAGCUGUUCACUCAUGGUUUAAUGAUGCCAAAACUCUUCCCCAAUGUCACUGACUUGGCCUCCUUCUGGAAACUCUUCACCGUUGUUCCUGUUCUUGUCAACGCAUACAUUUGUCACUACAACGUUCACAACAUACAGAACGAGCUUGAAGACGCCACUCGGAUCAAACCCGUUGUGAGAUCAGCUCUUACCAUGUGUGCUUCUGUUUACAUAAUGACGAGCUUGUUCGGAUACCUCUUGUUCGGCGACGGUACACUCGACGAUGUUCUUGCAAACUUUGACACCAAUAUUGGGAUCCCUUUUGGCUCGGUGCUAAACGAUGCAGUCAGAUUCAGCUACGCGGCUCAUCUCAUGCUUGUGUUCCCUAUCGUCUUCUAUCCUCUCCGAGUGAACAUCGAUGGUCUCUUGUUCCCUGCGGCUCCAUCGCUUGCGACUUCUAAUCUGAGAUUUGGCUCUAUCACUGCUGGUCUCAUAGCUGUGAUCUUUGUUGGUGCUAACUACAUUCCAAGCAUUUGGGAUGCGUUUCAGUUCACUGGAGCAACUGCUUCGGUUUGCAUCGGUUUCAUUUUCCCUUCUGCUGUUGUCUUGAAGGAUCGUCAUAACAGAGCGACAGAUAGAGACAAGAAUAUAGCCAUUUUCAUGAUCGUUCUUGCGGUGUUCUCCAAUGCAAUCGCCAUUUACAGUGACGCUUACGCCUUGUUCAAGAAGACGUACAUUUUUCCAAUGUGA